AUGGCAGAGUCGCUGGGGCUCAGGGACGAGUGCGGGGAGGGGGCUUCGGGGGCGUCUGCUCUCGCUGCCUCCUGCCUUGCAGACAACAGGCUGAACCUGGAUGUUUAUCCUGACGGCUGCCGCCGGUUCCUCCAGCUGUUUGAAGGGCGACAGGGAGAGGUGGUCCAAGUGGAGUUCCUCCGUCUCAGCAGCAACGAUCGCCUCCUUGGCACCACACUGGGCAUCCUUCCUCAUCUGAAGUACCUGAAAUCCUUGGUGCUCAAAGGUGGCCAUGCCAGGGAUGAGUUUGGUUCGUGUCAGCAUGGCUUCCUGACAAGCUUGCCACCAGACAUUGGGAACCUGAGAUGUCUCACCCACCUGGAUCUCAGCUUUAACAGUCUCUCCACCUUGCCCAGCUGCAUCCUCCACCUCUCCAGCCUCCGUGUGCUCCUGGUGAGCCACAACAGCCUGGUGGCACUCCCUGAGGACUUCGGUUCUCUGAGCAAGCUGACUUUCUUCUCUGCUAUGAAAAAUCAGCUGAAAGACUUACCUCAGAGCAUUGGGCAGCUGGCAGUGCUGCAGAACCUCGAUCUUUCAGAAAAUGCUUUGGAAUUCCUCCCCGAAGAACUUGGUAAUCUGCACAACUGCACAGAGCUGGAUCUCUCUGGGAAUCGCUUAUCAACCAUCCCAGACUCGUUUGCCAAUUUGAAGUCUCUGCGGCGGCUGCAUCUCCACAGCAAUCUCCUGGUGACGGUCCCUGCCUCGCUUGCCAGCCUGCCCAGCUUGUCCAGACUUGAGCUGCAGAACAAUUGCCUCCGUGCUGUCCCUCCUGAGAUCCAGACCUUGCCGUUCGUGUGCCUCCGAGGCAAUCCCUUAGGAGAAACUGAGCCACCCCCGCACGCUGAUGAAUGCAGUGCUGGAGGCCUACGAAGACUCUUCCUUGCAUCAGGAGAGGACAGCUUUACUGUCACCUCUGAAAGCUGCAAAGUGGUCCUGGCCUGUGGCAUCCAUCUGUACUUUCCACCGGGGGCUACCUCCGACCCUCUGCGGAUCUACUUCCGGACUCUCGCGCCAGACCCUCAGUGGGUAAAGCUGAGACACCAUGAUGUCCUGCUAAGUAGAGUCCUGGAGCUACAGCCUCAUGGGGUCAAAUUCCAGCAGGAGGUGCAGAUCUGGAUGCCAUAUGCUUCCCCUCAAACCCUUCACCAGCGUGAGGUGGUAGUUCGGACCUUCAAUGGGCAGAGUUGGAGUGAUCUGAGGACAAGAGUAGCGCAGAAGAGAAAAUCAAAGAAGCAUGUGGCACACUGUAGUGUCCUUCACUUCUCUUGGUUCCUUGUUGUGUCUCGACUUGUGCAAAAUGAAUGCCAAGUGCCAGCAGAGGGGACUUUGCUCUUUUCCAGUGUGGAUCCAAACAUCAAAGUGACCUUUCCUCCUGGAGUCACUGAAGAGACUCGCAGCGUUAAGCUGCAGGUGCUGCUAGUCUCUGCAGAAGAGAUAGAGGAAAUCACGGCUGAUGUGGGGUGCAGAGCCAGUCCUCUGCUCUGCCUCUCCCAGGAUUCCCUGGUGGAUUUUCUCGGGCCAGUGAGAAUUCAGCUGCCCCUGCCGCCCGGGGUCACAGGGCUAAAUUUGGAUCGGUCAAGGCUGCAUCUUCUCCAUGGCGACCCAGAGGGCCAAACCUGGGAUGAUGUUACCAGUCAGGUGGUGCUGGAAUUCACCCAUAUUUAUGCAAUGUUUGAAGUCACCCACUUCUCCUGGUACUGGCUGUGGUACACCACCAAGACCUACAUUGGAGGCAUUGCCAAGAAAGUCUAUGAGCGGCUGCGUAUGUACCAGGUGAACUUCAUUGCUCUGCAGAGGAAGAAGGACCCCGAGCAAGUCCUACUACAGUGUGUCCCCAAGCACAAGGUUGACCUGGUGCUGAAGAAGCUGCAGGACCGCUAUCGAGGACCUGAGCCCUCCGACAUGGUGGAGCUGUUUGAAGGAGAGCAAUUUUUUGCGGCUUUUGAGCAAGGCAUCAGCAUCAAUAUGGAUCGCCCUGACUGCGUCGAUGGACGUCUCUCAUUUAUUUUUUACUCCCACUUGAAGAACAUGAAGGAAAUCUAUGUGACCUCCCCUGUAGACAGGAAAGGCCAAGCUGUAAGAGGCCAGGUCUCUUUCUACCGAGGGGCAGUUCCAGAGAGCAUCCCUGAAGAUGCCAGCAGGAGAAGGAAAGGACCAGACUCCCUCUGGCUUGCCACUCUGCCUAUCAAACUGCCUCGAUUGAAAUCCCGCUGGGGUGAGAGCCGUGGUCUCCUGAAUGGCUGCUUCUUCCCUCCCUUGAACCUGGGCAAUGCUGAGACAGGCUACCUGACACAGGCAAACCUGCUGGGCAUUGCCAGGCGUGUGGGAGCUGACUGGCAGACCAUCGGCCUGAACCUGGGCUUGACGUAUCAGCAGAUUGAGCGCAUAGGAUACAAUAACAGAGAGGACCUUGAUAAGCAGAUCCUGGACAUGCUUUUCUCAUGGGCUCAGCAAAACUCAGAAGAUCCUGACUGUGUGAGCAAAUUGAUUACAGCCAUGAAGGAGAGUGGCCGCCAGGACAUUGCUGAUGAAGUCGAAACCAUCAUUGAGCUGGGACGGCAAAAAUACAGAGAGUCCAUCCGCCGAGUGGGCUUGGAGCAAGAGAGCAGCACUGAGGACUCUGCCAUAGCUAUGAUGUAG